UAUUUGUACGAGUUACAUACACUUGCUAGUAGACCGCACACAUUUGCCCGAAUCGGUAAUCUGUCUUCACCAUUUUUUGUGCUGUCCUCACUUGUCUGCCCGUUAGCCAAGCACCAUCCCCAUACUCUCCGUGAACCCCUCUCUCUCUCUCCUCCCUCUCUCUCUCCUCCCGCCACACUAUAAAUACUUGUUCCCACAUUGGAUUUCCCUCGUCUCAUCCUCCCAAGCCCUCUAUACAACCUCCCAAUAAGUGCGACUUACAAUAAGUCUCUCCCUCCCAUGCACCCCUUCCUUUUAUCUCCAACCUUGGCCGGUGUUUCUUUCUCAUCAAACACCCGAUACCGCCUCCGGCCAACUGCGACGAGAGAUAAGGGAUAGUAAAUAAGCGUGAGCGAGAGAGAGACAGAUAUAGUCGUCUAUUUCGGGAAAAAAAAAAAACGAAAAAAUGGAACACGGAGCGAUAGUCAGCACCACCUCCGCCUCCGGAGUAGAUGCCCCCAACGUCCCGGUCGGGAAACUAAUCCUUGUAUCGUCGAUCGCCGCCGGUGUCCAGUUUGGGUGGGCCUUACAGCUCUCCCUCCUGACACCUUAUGUGCAGACUCUUGGUGUCCCCCAUGUAUGGUCUAGCUUUAUCUGGCUCUGUGGGCCCCUUUCAGGCCUACUUGUCCAACCCACUGUUGGUUACUUCAGUGACCGAUGCACCUCGAAGUUCGGCCGCCGCCGCCCCUUCAUUGUCUCUGGCGCAGUCCUGGUCGCCGUCGCGGUCUUCCUCAUCGGCUUCGCAGCCGACAUGGGGAGAAUCUUCGGCGACUCAGCCACAGAAAAAAUGAAACCACGAGCAGUCGCGCUGUUCGUGGUUGGAUUUUGGAUGUUGGACGUGGCGAACAACACCUUGCAAGGGCCGUGCCGAGCCUUCCUGGCCGAUCUGUGCGGGUCCAACCACUCGAAGAUCAGCGCAUCGAACGCAUUCUUCUCCUUUUUCAUGGCCGUCGGAAACGUCUUGGGAUACGCAGCGGGAUCCUACUCUAAGCUGUACAAAAUACUGCCCUUCACGAAAACCGAGGCGUGCGACAUCUACUGCGCCAACCUUAAAAUGUGCUUCAUUUGCUCCAUCCUCUUCUUGAUUAUCCUAACCACAAUUGCAGUCACGAUAGUGAAAGAAACACCGAUAACGCAGGAAGAUGUCAACAACGGAUCCGAAUCGAUGCCAUUUUUCGGGCAGCUUUGCUCCUCGCUCAAAACCCUGCCAAAGCCGAUGUGGAUUUUGUUCGCGGUGACCGCGUUGAACUGGAUCGGUUGGUUCCCAUUCACAUUGUACGAUACCGACUGGAUGGGCAGGGAGAUCUACGGUGGCAACCCCGAUGGUAACGCUGCCCAGGCCAAGCUGUACGAUCAAGGAGUGAGCGCGGGAUCGCUCGGGCUAAUGGUGUACGCCGUGACCCUGGGACUCAUGUCUUUGGCAAUUGAGCCGAUGGCGAAAUGCCUGGGUCACGUGAAACGGGUGUGGGGACUUGGAAACCUGGUGUUGGCGAUAUGCCUGGCGAUGAUGGUGGUGGUGACGAAGAUUGCUGACAAAGCCCGUGGCGCAGCCGUUCAGCCGCCGGAUUCCAACAUCAAGGCCUCCGCCAUUGCUAUUUUUGCCGUCCUGGGUAUCCCACAAGCGGUGACUUAUAGCAUUCCAUUUGCUCUAGCUUCAAUAUAUUCUAGUAGUUCAGGAUCCGGCCAAGGGCUUUCUUUGGGGCUCUUGAACGUUUCAAUUUGCAUUCCACAGAUGUUCGUUGCGGUGGUGGUUGGGCCGUUGGACGCUGCGUUCGGAGGUGGUAACCUUCCGGGGUUUGUAUUGGGAGCCAUUGUAGCCGCCGCGAGUGCAAUUUGCGCAUUCACAAUUCUCCCAUCAUCGGCCCAGAAGAAUGCCUAAGAAUCGAGGGAGGCGUUCGUGAACCCGCCUGUAUAUAUGCACAUAUUCCUCAUCUGGCGAGCAGAAUCGAACAACAUGACACAAUGUGAUUACUCCCAGAGUUACAUGCGGCUGCGUCGGGGGCUUCAAUCGGGAUGAGUGAAAAAUAUUGAGUUGUAAAUAAACACAUUGUUCAUCUUGCAAUUUUUUUUUUUUGGGUUUUGUGAGAAGAUAGGACAAUGUGGCGUUAAUUUGCCUAUGUUAGUUUUCAUAUGCGCUCUUUUAGGCAUGUCAACUAAUGCAGGAGUUGCCAAUUUUUGUUUUACAUUUAAUGCUUACUCUUGGAAAUUA